GGCUGGCCUGCCGGCAGGCGACGGCGCGACCGCCGCCCGGGCCGCGGGGCCGCGGGGCCGGCGGGCUCCCGGGACGUCCCGCCGUUCGGGCAGCGGGAGACGCAGGUGUACUUGCUGGAACCGGGCGGCUGGCCGCAGGGCGCGGCCCGAGGCCUGGGCGACCCGCGUCCUGAGCCGGGCCCUGCUGGGCAGCUUGGAGGUCCCUAGUGACCUGCGGCCGCACUCCUCGUGCUUGGACUGGGGCUUCUCCGAGGUGGGGAAAAUCGUCUAUGAAGAGUGACCCUCAGGUGGAGCCGUCAGGCCCUGGUGGCCUGCACAGGGUAAAGGUGGCCGUAAUGCUAACGCUGGCAAGCAAGCUGAAGCGGGAUGAUGGUCUCAAAGGGUCCCGGACGUCAGCCACCACAUCUGACUCCACUCGGAGGGUCUCUGUGAGAGACAAGUUGCUUGUUAAAGAGGUUGCGGAACUUGAAGCUAAUUUACCUUUCCCUGGAUUGCUUGGCCUCAAAGUGUUCAACUCAGAACUGAAGGUUAACCUUCUACCUACCGAAGUAUUUAUGGAUGAAUUGAUGUGCUUUAAAAUGCUCCAGGAGAACAAGCAGAUAACUGGUACUUGUAAAGUGCAUUUUCCUGAUCCAAACAAGCUUCAUUGCUUUCAGCUAACUGUAAUCCCAGAUGAGGGUUACUACCAGGGUGGAAAAUUUCAGUUUGAAACUGAAGUUCCUGAUGCAUACAACAUGGUGCCUCCCAAAGUGAAAUGCUUGACGAGGAUAUGGCACCCCAACAUCACAGAGACAGGGGAAAUAUGCCUAAGUUUACUGAGAGAACAUUCGAUUGAUGGCACUGGCUGGGCUCCUACAAGAACCUUAAAGGAUGUUGUUUGGGGAUUAAAUUCUUUAUUUACUGGUGAAGACUGUGACAGCAGACAAGCAGAUUCUCCAGUGUUCACCUUGAGUUUCUCUCUUUUUAAGGACCUUUUGAAUUUUGAUGAUCCACUGAAUAUUGAAGCUGCAGAACAUCAUUUGCGGGACAAGGAGGACUUUCGAAAUAAAGUGGACGACUACAUCAAGCGUUAUGCCAGAUGAUAAGAGGAGAAGAUUGCAGGCCCAUGAACUGUGUGUCACAGUUUGUCUCUAAUGUGAAGCAGCACGAGGUAGCCCUCUUCCCUGUCCUCAUGCUCCCUCAGUCCCACGGGAUUGUCCCAGUCCUGUGACCUUGUCCUGAAGAAGACCAUCCUCCUGACCGCCCACCGUAGGCGGGGAAUGCAGCAUAAAUACAGCAGGAAACGUGUUUGGGCCUCUAAAGAGUUGUCUGCUUCCCUUAACAUGUUCACUUUUCUGAAACUGUGCUGUCUAGGCUGUCAGAGAAACUCCUGGGAAGUUGUCACGGGCUCAGCAUUGAGGCUAGCACUUGCUUCCCCUUCCCCAGCAAAUGAGUGUCCAGCGUAACUCGCAGGUUGGCAGUAAGAAACCACUGCACACUGUGGUUGGAUGCACAUUCUCUUAGCUUCUCCUGUGAAUGCUGGCCCUGCCCAGUUGUGAAGCUUCCCAGAACGCAGUCAUUCACUGUAGAUCUUACUGAAAUGCGUAUUUUAUUUAAUGUAAGUAUAUUUUGGAACAGAUUUGUAAUUUGUACAAUUUAAUGCUUUAAUUAUUUUUUUCUAUUCUCA